AUGUUACGGGACUUUUUCGUUCCUCAGCUAAACGAACUUGAAGUGGAUUUAGAAAAUGUUUGGUUCCAACAAGACGGCGCGACGUGCCACACGGCAAAUGACACAAUUGGUCUCUUGGCAGAUACAUUUGGUGAACGUAUCAUCUCAUUUAGAGGUAGUGUCAACUGGCCCCCACGAUCGUGUGAUAUCAUGCCAACAGACUUCUUUCUGUGGGGAUAUGUUAAGUCUCAAGUAUACGCUGACAAGCCACAAACUUUAAAUGACUUGGAAGCUAACAUUCGUCAAGUUAUUGGCGGAAUUCAACCACAGCUGCUGGAAAGAGAAUUCGAAAAUUGGACUUCUCGAUUGGGCUUUCUACGCAAACGGAAUGGAGCCCAUAUGCCAGAAAUCAUUUUUAAACGUUAA